UUCCCCCGCGGACCAAUGAGAGGAGGAGGUGGAGCGUUCCAUGAUUUACAUACCGCCGCGGACCAACCAGAGAAGGCGCUGGCGUUUUCUGAUUUACAUAGGAGAAAAGGAAGAAAAAGACCCUACUGAGGGAGAGAAGGCGGACCAAUGAGAUAAGACGCUGAGCGUUCUGUUAUUUACAUACCGCCGUGUGGCGCCCAAUGACUAGGCCAGCCCACGAAUGGGAAAGAAAGAGGCGGAGUUUGCCGGGACAGCUUUGACAAUAGCUUCCCCCGCGGACCAAUGAGAGGAGGAGGUGGAGCGUUCCGUGAUUUACAUACCCCUGCGGACCAACCAGAGAAGGCGCUGGGCGUUCCGUGAUUUGCAUACCUCCGCGACGCGCCCAAUGGCUGUCCGGCCACUAGCAGAGCGUCCUCUAGCCGAGAGAAGGAGGAAAAAGGAAGGCUGAAGUCCGAGGAAGGCAGCCGGGGAAGGCGCUGCGGCGGCGGCUGAGAAUGGCCGCGGCGGCGUCGUCCUCCAAGGAGCAGGCGGAGCCGCCUCCCGCGCCGAGGAAGCGAGGCGGAGACCCUCGGCGGAGGCAGGCGGCCCUCUUCUUCCUCAACAACAUCUCCUUGGACGGGCGGCCGCCUUGCUUGGGGGCCCCGGGGAAGCCGCAAGAGCAGCCGCCUCCACCGCUGCCUUCCCCGCCGCCUCCCCCUCCUCCUCCCCCGCCGACACAACCGGAGGACAAAGCCCCCGCCAGCGAGAGCGGGCUUCUGCUCCCUUCCGCGCCUGAGCCGGACCCCACACGGAGCCUGGGCCCCGCCUUGCUGCCUCAGUUGCUGCUCGGGAGCCCGCUCUGCCCGGUCCCCGCCCCGGCACCCUCCGCUGCCGCUGCCGCCGGAGCCUUGGCCGGGAUGCUCAUCGGGGCCGCUGCCGGGAAGGCCCCGCAAGGGCUGCUCAGCCCCGGAACACAGAGCAGCAGCAGCAGCGUUGGAGCAGGAAUGGGGCUCCCCUUGGAGAUCCAGAGGCAAAGAAGGCGUUUUAUCUCCCAGCGCUGCUCUCUAGAGUUUUUAGAAGACAUAGUGGAAUGUGCCAGUGUCCGAAGAACCAAGCACUUGUCCGGAUCUCCAAGACACAAAGGCCUGAAGAAGAUGCACUUCAUUAAGAACAUGAGGCAGUAUGACACCAGGAACAGCAGGAUAGUAUUAAUUUGUGCUAAACGAACAUUAUGUGUGGCUUUUUCAAUUCUGCCUUAUGGGGAGAGUUUGCGGAUCAGUGAAUUGAGGAUAGAAGGACAGAAACAAAGGCACCCGUCUGGUGGAGUUUCAGUCUCUUCUGAAAUGGUGCUAGGAAUGGAAGGCGUGGAACUGGGAGCUGAUGGCAAGGUUGUGUCUUAUGCAAGGUUCUUGUAUCCUACCAACGCCCUCGUUGGCCGCAAAAACGAGGCCCACGGUGCCAUUCCUGUGUGUCGAGCUCCUCUCCCGCGAGGUCCAGGCAGUUCGAGAUACAAAACACCAACAGCCAAAACGAUACCUCCCACAGUUGACAUUGGAAAUGACAUUGGAGAAUUGAUAGAAUAUAAUCCCAAUCUCCUUGAUGACCCGCAGUGGCCCUGCGGGAAGCACAAGCGCGUCCUCAUCUUUGCAUCAUACAUGACCACUGUAAUAGAAUAUGUGAAACCCUCAGACCUUAAAAAGGACAUGAAUGAAACAUUUAAAGAGAAGUUUCCUCACAUCAAGCUCACACUGAGUAAAAUCAGAAGUUUAAAGAGAGAGAUGCGGAACCUGAGUAUGGAGUGCAACCUUGAGCCGGUAACUGUGUCCAUGGCGUAUGUUUACUUUGAGAAGCUCGUCCUCCAAGGCAAGCUCAACAAACAGAACCGAAAACUGUGUGCUGGUGCUUGUGUGCUGCUUGCAGCCAAGAUUAGCAGUGAUCUCAGGAAACAUGAAGUCAAGCAUCUUAUUGAUAAGUUGGAGGAGAGAUUCCGAUUCAACCGAAGAGAUCUCAUUGCUUUUGAAUUUACUGUCCUUGUGGCUUUGGAACUCGCCCUUUACCUUCCUGACAACCAAAUGUUACCUCACUUCCGACGUCUCACGCAGCAAUCCUAGCCAAAACUGUAUCCUAACAAAGUGCCAGUACUUAGAUCGUGAACUUCGUGGUGGGCCAUCAGCGUUUCCUGUGUCACAGUGUUGAACUGCAUUAUGAAUAUACCUGAAAUGAAGACUGCUAUGGAAUCCUUUGUGAUGGCACGAACAAAACAGAUUCCAGGUGUCAAGUGAAUGGCAUGAAAUGCUGAGCUUUGGAUUGGGACAUUAAAGCACAACCAGUCUGCAACCAGUUGCCACUAGAAGCCGCUGGGUCGUACGUUACGUCUUUGGUGUGUUAAACACAGAAAUGGUCCGAUCUUCUCUCCAGGCCUUGCUGCUUGGUCACUUCCAUGAACUUGCCAUCGUUCUCUUUUUCUUCUUCCUGAAAUCUGAAACAGCAUCGCCUCCAUUCCAAAAUGUUGUAUGCUUCAAAAAUAUUACUGAUAAUAACCCUUUUUACACUUCAAACCAUGAAGAUAGAUAUUAUGUACUAUUUGAGGGGGGAAGAUGUGCCUAAGGUUGGGCUGGGCUGGUUCCAGUUUCUCUCUCUGAUUAAGUUAUAUUGUUGUAGUAACAAUUUUGAACUUAAACUGCAGUGUAUUUUUUGCCUUCUUUUGCUUUGUACUAUAACAAUAACAAUUCCAUUCUGUCUGCACUGUCACUUCCAUAAGGGAUGUAUGUUGAAGAACAAUAUUCUGCACAGUUUCUGAGUGGGAAAAGUUUUGCUUUCCUUUUUUAAAACUUAACAUGUUUAUCCAAUGCUGCACUUGUUGAGCCGAGGCAGCCAUAACAAAAAAAAUCCCAUUUUAACUAUCAGAGGUCAUUUGAUUUACAUUGAUAAUUGAGUUUUCCAGCUGCCAGAGCUGACACCUUUCGGUCCCUGCUUACUGUAGCCUGAAACUAAUAACUGUUUAUAUUUAUAACAAUGUUUUCAUGUAUUGUCUUUCAUGUUUGCUCUUGGCAUAUAAAUUUCUCUGCCGGUACAGCUGUCGUUAUCUAAAUUAAGCCAAUGAAACUUGGCAUGUCUGGCUUCUAAAAUACUCUUUUUUCCCCCCCACCUUAUAUUUUGGUUCUUCCAAACUUUUUGCCACUGUGAUGGUCCUUGUGAACCUGACUUCAUUGCACAUUAAAUCCCAAACUCAAAAGUUAUUAUUGUUCAGCAGACUGGCGGAAUACAGUUGAUACAAUUCCAACAGUAGUUAGCCAAAUAUUUUGAAUUAAGCAUCCAGAUAUUAAAAUAUAAACUCUAUAACUUUUUUAGACUUGUGGCAGAAGAGUCAGUGACUGUCAGAUUCCUUUUCUAAGCAAUAUCGUGAUGCAAGUCAAAGUAUUUAUGUGUGCGAGUUUGUGUAAUAUUUAUUAGUGAGCAACAUUAAUACUUGGGUGUUGUGAUUGAGAAAUUCAUACUCUUAAUAUUUUUGUACUGUGGCAUUGGCCUGUUCUAAACAUCAUGUAGAAUGAAGCUGUAGAGCAAAGUGCAGAAUUGUGGGUUGCAUCACUGCAGAUAAAGAAAGAGUAGUUUUAAAUGGGAGCAUUCCUUCACUCCAUUGCAUUGUAAUCCGAGCACACUGGGAGGGCUUGGAUGUACCAUUUUCCUUGAUGUAUGUAUGCAUGGUUCUUUAUGUGAAAUAUUAUUCCAAAACGUGGCCAUCGCCCCUGUGCAAGUCUGAAGUGGUUCAGCUGUCUCUGUCAACCCAUCUAUUACAUUAAAAAUCAAGUAUCUUCCUAAUAUGAUGAGGGCUAUAUAUCCUUCCAGAACCUAGAAAGCUGACAUUUUUAUUGAGAUUGAUGUAUUUAAAUAGCCACGGAAUAAAGGUGAGAAGGGAAAGUCACAAAGUGGUACUAGAAACAUUUGAAAAAGCAAGUGCUGUGUCAGUGUUUUGAUCUAUAUGGGAUUAUUCAACAUGGAGAUGGACUUUAUUGUCCCAUAGCAUUUGGCAUCAAUGCAGGAAUGACUUGGAUCAAUCACUUUUGCUCAAGGCAGUUUGACAUAACCAAGAUUGCUGAGAACAAGGCCUCUCUAAUUAGGGUUUGAAUAUUAGAUAACAAGUAAUAGGAUCAGCCAAGUCAUAAGUCUAGCACCUUUUUAUAUAAUGUUAGAAUAGAUGUGAUAUCAUAUGGUACAAGGUUCAAUAUAUACGUGUAGGAGGUGUAACUUGUGCUGUUCAAAAUAUGAAAUGCAAUGUGUCUUCUAUGUGAGCAGCCUUUUCAUGAUACAGGCUAGCACUCUUUUUCAGAGAGGCAUUUAACAACAUUUCCAUGGGGUAUUAAAGCAUGCGGUCCUCCACUUGAACAGAAAGAGGCCAUAAAACAGUGUCCAGGUGUUUUGGACUUCAACUCCCAGAAUUCUCAGCUAGCUUACCAGCUGUUAGGAACUGUGGGAGCUGAAGUCCAAAACACCUGGAAUCCCAAAGGUUGGGAAACACUGCUGUAAAACAAAUCUAAUUUGUCAGACAGGGUUGACUCGUAUGCACUGUGCCUAGAGUAGCUGUCAAUGUAACUUUUUCUAAUUGAUGCAGUUGUUAUCUUUAUCCAGGCAAAAUCCUGGGUUCGGUGAGAGUGGAUUGACUUGUGUUUAGGACCGUUUGUGCAGAAAGCUUGGUCAGGCUCCUUAUAUUGGUAACUUUUGAAAGUAAUAAUGUUUCCAAGUUCUGCAUUUUGAGCUGUGCAAGGCUGUAAGAAUUGAAUUAUGUGUAUGAAAGAAAUGUAUAGUUUAAAAUUAAAUUAUUGAGUGAAUAUUUAGGCAGUGGGGACAUGGAAAAGCUCCUGUUUUCAGGCAUAUGCUUAAAAAAUCUUUGUUUUGUCUGCAUAAGGUCAAUCAAUGGUAUGGUUGGAUUGUCUUCCGUUCUUUACAACAGGUCAAAGAAUCUGAAACCAGUCCAAAAUUUCAAUCUUUUUUCCAUGCGUUCCUUAUUACUGCACAAAUAUAUCUGCAGAUUUUGAUUGGUCUAUAUCUGGACAAAAGAAAACUUAUAUUAAUUUAUUUAAUUUUUUUUGUAUUGCUAUCAAAGAUUUGAGAUACAUGUUGAUUCAGGAGACAUGAAGAUGGGGGAUUGGGGAAUCAGUCAUUUGUAACUGCAAUUUGACUUGUAUGCUGAGUAUUUUAUUCCUGUUACUUAAUCUGUACAGAAAUGGUCAGAUGCUGAUUACUGCAGUCAAUGCAGAAGGCAUUUACUCCGUUUGCAUUUUUUAAUCUUAUUUUUUUUGCUUAUUAUUCUCAGUCAGCGAAACCUCAUUGCAUUCCUCCUUCAUGCAAAAGCUGCCACUGUGUGGUAGAAGUUAUUAUGACAAGCAAACCUAGCUCCAGUGUAAAAUGCCAGAUUGCUUUCUUUAAGAGAUACUAGUCUCUUAACAGUUGAGAUUUAAAUUAUGUAACCUUGUGUAAAUAUUGGUGCUUGUCUAUUUUAAGUCCAAGAAAACACUCUGAAUGGGAGUUUGUAUAUUUAAUGUUAAUAGUAUGUUUGUGCCGUCCUAAAUUUAAGUUCUUGCUCUGUUGACUGUCAAAUUCUGUUCUUCCAACUAAAUGGAUGGAUUUGUUCAUAAGGUGCUGUGUAAUUGAAUGUUUUGAUACCUAUUUUAUAACCAAACACAUCUGAAGGAAACUUCAGGCUUGUGUCAUAAAUAUUCCUUUGAAAAA